UGGAUGCAGCUGUUCUGAACAGAUUGGUUUUUAAAAAGAGGGUUAUGUCAAAGGAGGAGAAAACUCUUGUCUUUGUAGUUGUCUGCUGUAAUAGGAAGGAUCCAGGAUGUCUGGGCAUGGCAAGAAGCCUGCAAAGCCUGUAAUCAAGGUAAAAGAAAGCAAAAGUGCAAGAGCUGGCUUGCAUUUCCCUGUGAGCCGCAUUGGACGUCUUUUGAGACGGGGUCGGUAUGCAGAAAGAGUGGGAGUUGGAGCCUCGGUGUACAUGGCUGCCGUGUUGGAAUAUCUGACGGCAGAGCUACUGGAGCUGGCAGGAAAUGCUGCUCAUGAAAGCAAGAGGCAACGAAUUGGGCCACGCCACAUCCAGUUGGCGAUCAGAAACGAUGAUGAGUUGAACAAGCUGUUUGCACAUGUGACAAUUGCUGAAGGUGGAGUUCUCCCCCACAUCCAUGCUCUGCUUAUUCCAAAGAAGACUCUGCAGCGUAAGGAAGCCACAGGAGACCCCGAAUCCCAGGAAUUCUAAAACCUUCAGCAUUUCAGUAUCUUGCAAGAACAGACUCUGCCAGAAAGGUUGUAUUGUCAGAAGCUAAGCUUUUGUUCUUUGGAGCAUUCAUCAUUAGUAUGGACUGUUGUUAAAAAAA